UUUUCAAUUGGAGGGCUCUGACUGCAUUAUUUAUAAAUGUUAGCCAAUAAAAGUGGUCUCAAUAUUUUUCAAAAUGUAAUAAGAAGAAUCAAACUCUCUCCCUCUCUCUCUCUCAGCUUAAAACUAGAAAAGAACAAAGGCCAAUCUGUAAAAGCUUUCAUUUCUCUCUCUCUUCCCAUAGGUUCAGAUUCUCCCAGCCAUACCAUUUCUCUCUUUUUUUCUCUCAUAAAUCAUUGCCAAAAGAUGAAAGGUAUAGAUAUAUUCUAUGUAUACCAAGCUUCAAUAGCCAUAUGAACUCAAGCAUGGAAAUUGAGCAAGCCUCUUCAUCUUCAUCGUCCUCCUCCUACCCUUCCUCGCCUGUUAUUCAGCUCGGUGGCCGUGCUCUCGACCGCCACAAUCCCAUCAUCUGUGAUGGAAGAAGAAAUAUCACUGCCCCAAAUACUCUAUUAACACCUCCACGAGAAUUUUCUCGACCACCUUUUAGUCCCCAACCUCACCAUCAUCAACUCACAAAGAGCAAGAAAACCUCUUCAAAAGUCAAUAGAAAAAUCAAGAACAAAAUCCCAUUUGUGAAACAUGAAAAUGAAGAGAAGGAAAGUUCUGACAAUCUUCCAUCUACUGAUAUUUUGAAGAAGAGCUCCUUCAUUCCCACUGAUAUUGUUACAAGGAGCUUUGCUAAAUUGAGUGAUUUGGUCGCUCCUCCUCCUCCGCCCUUGGUUGGAUCAUCUAGGUAUCUACUUGAAAGUGAUACACAAUCACAAUAUUUCGACGGGUUGCCGGAGGUUGACCCUGUUUAUGAUAUCAACCCGGUUGAUGAUUACAAAGAACUCAAAACUGAGGCAUAUCAAGAUGAGUCUACUUCUUCAACAACUCAACCAACAUUGUCUCAGGAGCCCAAACCAACUCCUACCAAACAGGUUGUGGUGUUGAUGGUGUCACUGCACUGUAAAGGUUGUGAAGGGAAAGUUAGGAAACAUCUUUCAAAAAUGGAAGGAGUUACAUCCUUCAAGAUAGACUAUGCAGCAAAAAAGGUGACAAUAGAAGGAGAUGUAACACCAGUGGGAGUUUUAGCAAGUGUAUCAAAGCUAAAGCAUGCAAAGUUUUGGACUUCUCAACCACCAACUCCGCCGCCGCCGCCACAGUCACCAGUAUCCACCUCGUUGACCGUGGCUUCGACAUCAGCCACAACAGAAGAAACGCCAGAAAAACAGCUUUGAUUAAUCAUAUCUUGUUACAAAAAAAAAGUUUGAGUUUUCUGUACAUCUAGUUUAAAACUGGACUCUGAUGCUUUCAUAGAUGGAAAAAGUUGGGAUUGUAGAGCAUGCUGUUGAGAAGUUUCAAGUUUAAUUCUCUUUUCCUUUCUUA